CAGUGACAGCGGCGGCUCCGCCCGGGCACAGUCGGGCCCAGCCCAGACGAGCCGCGCAGCCGGAGCGGGAGCGGCGCGGGCGGGCCGGACAUGGCCGACGACUUCGGCUUCUUUUCCUCGUCCGAGGGCGCCGGCGCUGAGGAGGAUCCGGCUGCCGCCUUCUUGGCCCAGCAGGAGAGCGAGAUCGCGGGUAUCGAGAACGACGAGGGCUUCGGGCCGACCGACGGCGAGGCGGCCGCCGCCCCGGGCGGGCAGACGGCCCCGCCGGAACAGGCUGGUUUCCAGAAUGGAGGAGCCACUGUCAAUGGAGAUGUGUUUCAGGAGUCCAAUGGCCCCACGGAUGCCUACGCAGCCAUAGCCAAGGCUGACCGGCUGACCCAGGAACCCGAGAGCAUCCGCAAGUGGAGGGAGGAGCAGAAGAAGCGCCUGGAGGAGCUGGAUGCAGCAUCGAAGGUGACUGAGCAGGAAUGGCGUGAGAAGGCCAAGAAGGACCUGGAGGAGUGGAACCUCCGUCAGAAUGAGCAGAUGGAGAAGAACCGGGCAAACAACAGGAUCGCUGACAAAGCCUUUUACCAGCAGCCGGACGCCGAUGUCAUUGGCUACGUGGCAUCGGAGGAAGCAUUCCUGAAGGAGUCCAAGGAGGAGACCCCGGGCUCUGAGUGGGAGAAGGUGGCCCAGCUGUGUGAUUUCAACCCCAAGAGCAGCAAGCAGAGCAAGGAUGUCUCGCGGAUGCGCUCGGUGCUCAUCUCCCUGAAACAGAUGCCCCUGUCCCGCUAGCUGUGCCUGGCACAGCCGGGAGCACUGCGGGCACGGCCGGGAUCACCGAGUCGGGUGGCUCCAGGGGCCGGCCCAGGACAGGCCUCCCACUGCCUGCUCCCUGGUCUGUACCUCGGCUGUGCUCGAGUCGCUGGUUGUAACUCUCCCCAUGGUUUUCCUUUGCUUAAAAGGUGCAUCGGUCUCUUUUUACACUUA